UUUUCUGCCAUGGCUGUGUCUGCCUGCGCAGGGAGAACGUAGCUGGCUCAGCUGAUCUGACUCUCAAGGGGACUCUCUCUCUCUGUCCCUGUCACUGUUGCCAACAGCUUGGGGAGAGCAUGACCAUGACCGAGAGGAGCUGGGCCCUGCUCAGCAACACGCGCACACAGCUGAGUGGGCUGGUCCCUCCUGCCCGUGCAGCACACAGCCAGUUUAUCAUUAACUUCCACAGAGGCAGCCUAAGCAGCAGCAGCCGCCACAGCCUGCGCCAGGUGAAGCUCCCAGAGGCCAAUUCCUGACUCACUGGCAGAGCCUGCUGCUGACAUGGCGAGCUCCAGCUCAGAUGAGCCGUCUGCUAAGGAGACACCAGGAGCUGAGUGCCCCAUAUAUGAAGAGGUGAUAUGCCUUGACAGAGCAGAGCAGAACCAAAGACUGGCAGUGGAAGAGCUGAUCAAGACAGAGGCCAGUUAUGUUCACACCAUUGAGCUGUGUGUGUGUGACAUUCGGGUCCACCUACGGCAAAAGCAGCUGCCUGACAUAGACCUGGAAGGGCUUUUCUCUAACAUAGAUGACGUCCUCUGUGUCUCCAAACGUUUCCUGAAAGGGCUGGAAGCAACAGUGAACCAGGAGCCUGAGCAGCUGCUUCUGAUCAGUGCCUUGUUCCAGGAGUUCAAAGAGGAGAUGGAGAGCAUCUAUAAGGUUUACUGUGCCUGCUAUGAGCAAGCCCUUCUGCUGGUGGAGAGUUACAAGAAGGACCCGAGGUUGCAGCAGCAGAUUGUGGAGACCCUGAAUACGAUGGUGCCACACACGGGUGCUUCAGACCUGAGCUUCUUCCUGGUGAUGCCAGUGCAGAGGAUCACCAAGUACCCACUGCUGCUGCAGAAGAUCCUGGAGAACACGUCAGCCAGGGACAAAGCCUACGCUGCCCUGCAGAGUGCAGCCAGCGCCAUGCUCGAGAUUAAUGCCAACAUCAACGAGUAUAAGAGGCGCAAGGAAGUAGCAACCAAAUACAGCAAGGUCGAGCAGCUGACGCUGCGGGAGCGCCUUGGCCGGCUCAACAAGCACUCCAUUGCCAAGAAGACCAUGCGGUUGAGCCGGCUCUUCAUGCAUGAAGCGGGCAUUGUGCCCAAGACAGAGGACAAAGAAUUUGACCGUCUGGAGGAAAAGUUUCAAUUCCUGGCGUCUGGUGUGACUGAGCUGAAGGAGAACGUAACCUCUUACCUGAACAAUUUGCAGGUCUUCCUCCUUUCCAAACCACAGGAGUGCGAGCUGGAAAUGGAAGGAGCUGCCCAGCAGUAUCGCCGCCUGGCGGGAACACUCUGUCGCACCAUCUUCCCGGAGUUUAGGAGUCAGCUGGACCGGCUGGUCUACCAGCCACUCUGCAGCCUGUCAGAGACUCUGAAGGGACCGCAGCAGCUGAUCAGGAAGCGCCUGGACAAGCUGCUGGACUAUGAGGAGAUCGAGGAGAAGAAGUGUGAGAUGGGCAACGUGACCUACAAUGAGGAGGCCACCAUGAACACCUACCUUGCCAUCAACUCCCUACUGGUGUCCGAGCUCCCCACCUUCAACCAGGUGGCCAUGCAGUGGCUGGGGCAGAUACUGCGCUCACUUGUGGCCCUUCAGAGGGACUUGGCAAAGCAGGUGCUCCAAGAGGCUGAAAUAGAGCUGGCCCAGCUACCGCAUAGCCACAUCCCUCUACCUACUUUCUGGAAGAUGGUGAAGGACACUUUAAGCCAGUCUGGUGCUCAGCUUAACUCCUUCUGCCAGAAAUUUGAGACGGUCAUGCCGAGCCCUGUGGUACAGCCUCUUAGCCCUGCUGAGGAGCACAGGGUCCUUUCACUUGUCAACAAACAUGGCCCAGACAAGCUCUACCAGCUGACAAGCAACAUCAGUGGCAGCAAAGAUCUGGACCUGACCCUGCAGAGGGGACAGAUAGUGGCUCUCCUGCACGAAAUGGACACCAAAGGCAACACUAACAGAUGGCUAGUGGAUGCUGGAGGUCACCGAGGCUAUGUCCUGGCUGGAAAACUCCAACCAUAUCAUCUGGUCCAAAGUCAAAAGCCCAGGAUGCAGAUGCUGGCCCCGGACGCUGGAGCUGAGAGAAGACGACACUCUUACACCUUACCCGAAACACCCAGGCCACAGGUCCUCAUCACCCCUCCGGCUUUCCAGGUGGUUGCAGGUUAUGCAUUCACAGCCAGGAGCCCCCAUGAGGUCAGUCUGCAGGCAGGGCAGCUGCUGACGGUGCUGGAACCUCACGAUAAGAAGGGAAGCAAGGAGUGGAGCCUGGUGGAAGUCAAUGGACAGCGGGGCUACGUACCUUCCAGUUACCUGAUGAUGGUCCCCACCCAGGAGCUGGGGGGUUGGAGCUUGCCUGCUUGGUCUCUACCAACUCAGCAAACAUAGUUGCAGAAACAAUGUUCAGGAAUGAGUGAUUCACUCCCCUACCCACCCCUCUCCCCAAAGAGGCUUGGCACAUGCAGUGAGUAAAGCUGGAGAAUGAGCUGGCAAAGAAAUGAAGAGGCCCCACUGGACUGAGAACGGGAAGGACAAAAACUACUGACAUAGAAUUUUGCACAGGAAACUUUGUGUGCGGGAAAGUGUGUGUGUGUGUUAGUCUGAGGGUGCCUUUUGUGUUGUCAUGGAGGAGGGCAUGAAGGUGUGAGGGUGUGUUUGUGUCUGCACCAUCUGAGCCAUUAGCAAUUCUCUUUGAAAAGUCAUGGAAGAUGGGAGAGAUUCCAGAGGACUGGAAAAGGGCAAAUAUGGUGCCAAUCUAUAAAAAGGGACAUAAGGACAACCCAGUGAAUUACAGACCAGUGAGCUUAACUUCAGUACCUGGAAAGAUAAUGGAGCAAAUAAUUAAGCAAUCAAUUUGCAAACACCUAGAAGCUAAUAAGCUGAUAAGUAACAGCCAGCAUGGAUUUGUCAAGAACAAAUUGUGUCAAACCAACCUAAUAGCUUUCUUUGACAGGGUAACAAGCCUUUUAGAUGGGGAUGAGCAGUAGAUGUGGUAUAUCUUGACUUUAAUAAGGCUUGUGAUACUGUCUUGCAUGAUCUGCUCAUAAACAAACCAGGGAACUACAACCUAAAUAGAGCUAGUAUAAGGUAGGCGCAUAACUAGUUGGAAAAUGGUUCCCAGAGCGUAGUUAUGAGUGGUUCACAGUCAUGCUGGAAGGACAUAAUGAGUGGGGUCCUGCAGGGAUCAGUUCUGGGUCUGGUUCUGUUCAAUAUCUUCAUCAGUGAUUUAGAUAAUUGCACAGAGAGUGCACUCAUAAAGUUUGCAGACGAUACCAAGCUGGGAUUGCAAGGGGUUGCAAGUGCUUUGGAGGGUAGGAUUAUAAUUCAAAAUGAUCUGGACAAACUGGAGAAAUGGUCUGAAGUUAAUAGGAUGAAAUUCAAUAAGGACAAAUGCAAAGUACUCCACUUAGGAAGGAACAAUCAGUUGCACGCAUACAAAAUGGGAGAUGACUGCCUAGGAAGGAGUGCAGUGGAAAGUGAUCUGGGGGUCAUAGUGGGCCACAAGCUAAAUAUGAGUCAACAGUGUAACACUGUUGCAAAAGAAGCAAACAUCAUUCAGGGAUGUAUUAGCAGGAGUGUUGUAAGCAAGACACGAGAAGUAAUUCUUCCACUCUACUCCGCGCUAAUUAGGCCUCAACUGGAGUACUGUGUCCAGCUCUGGUGCCACAUUUCAGGAAAGAUGUGGAUAAAUUGGAGAAAGUCCAGAGAAGAGCAACAAGAAUGAUUAAAGGUCUAGAAAACAUGACCUAUGAGGAAAGAUUGAAAAAAUUGGGUUUGUUUAGGCUAGAGAAGAGAAGACUGAGAGGGGACAGGAUAAUAGUUUCCAAGUAUGUAAAAGUUGUUACAAGGAGGUAGGAGAAAAAUUGUUCUCCUUAACCUCUGAGGAUAGGACAAGAAGCAAUGGGCUUAAAUUGCAGCAAGGGUGGCUUAGGUUGGGCAUUAGGAAAAACUCCUUAACUGUCAGGGUGGUUAAGCACUGGAAUAAAUUGCCUAGAGAGGUUGUGGAAUCCCAAUCAUUGGAGUUUUUUUAAGAGCAGGUUAGACAAACAUCUGUCAGGGAUGUUUUUGAUAAUACUUAGUCCUGCCUUGAGUGCAGAGGACUGGACUAGAUGACCUCUCAAGGUCCCUUCCAGUUCUAUGAUUCUGUGCUUUAUUAGAAGCCAGGAAGGGCUGUGGGUGCAUGUUGUGUCCCUUUGCUGUGAUUCACUGGAGUUAAUAAUAUUGAGAAGAAUGUUCCAUUCAGCAGGGAGAAAGAACCCAGCCGGAAUCUAAAGGAGAUCCAAUGUUGACCUCCCCUGACAAAGGGAGACCUCCAGACUGAAACGGACAGCUGUUUGGUGGCCUCUUUGAAAUGUAUCUGGGACAUGAGGACAUGACUAGCAAACACGUGUUCACAUCCUGAAAGCACCCAUCACAACUGGCAAGGACUGGUGCUCUUACUAGCCAUCUCAGCAGAGAGGCCAAGGAUCAAAUGAGCCCUGGAGACUUAGGGGAAGUCUGCUCAGCUGCUGCCCUUGCUGCCCAUUCAGUCUCAUGGGCUCAAAGUCCAGCACCUUUGACUCACACUAAAUCCACUUUAAAUAAAAAAGACAUGGCAAUGGCUGCUAUGUUUUAAAAGAGCAUUCAAAUUAGCAGUGUGGCCUAGUGCAUAGAAUGCUGGAAUGGAACUCAGGAGAUCUUGGUUCCAUUCCCACCUCUGCCACUGCCCUAAUGGGUGACCUUGGGCAAGUCACUUCCCCUCCCCUUGUCUCAGUUUGCUCAAAUGACCUCCUUUGAGAUGUACUGAAGAAAAGCUAACAAUGACUACUAAUACUAUUUAAUACUGAAUAUUAUUCUGACAUGUCAUAGAUACAUAAAGCUACAUACAUACAACAAA